ACUUUUGUUAAUUCUUUUUCACUAUUUUCUCUUUUUUGAAUUGGCUUUAAACAAAUUACAAACCCUUAUUUAAAUGCAUAUCAAAAGAAUAUCCAUCCAGGGCUUUAAUUGGAGAAACGGAUCAGGAAAGAGUAACUUUUUCGCCGCAGUUCGUUUCGUGCUAAGCGACGCAUACACAAAUCUCGGCCGCGAAGAGCGCCAAGCGCUACUCCACGAGGGAACCGGCCCAGCAACCAUCGACAACCGCUUCCCGACUGGCAAAGAGGAAACGGUGAUCCGGCGAACUAUAGGACUGAAAAAAGACGACUAUUCGCUUGACCGCAAGAGCUCGACCAAAGCAGAGAUUUCGAGUUUGCUCGAAAGCGCCGGAUUCUCCCGCUCCAACCCCUACUAUAUUGUGCCACAGGGCCGCAUUACCUCCUUGACACAUGCAAAGGACAACGAGAGAUUGGCGUUGCUCAAGGAGGUUGCUGGUACUCAGGUGUAUGAAUCGCGUCGGGAGGCCAGAACUGAGCGCACGCGUGUCAAGAUCACAGAGGACCUGGCUUUGAUCGAGGAACGCUUGGGCGAGCUUGAUGCAGAGAAGGACGAGCUAGACAAGUACAGAACCCUGGACCGCGAGCGCCGCUGUCUAGAGUACGCGAUCUACUCGCUGGAGCAAGAGGACGUGGUCGAGCAGUUGGACGAAAUCGACAUUAAGCGCGAGCAGCUUCUAGUUGCCGUAAAUGCCCGCCAGGAAGCAUAUCCGCGCGCCAAGCAGGCUCUGGAGCUGCUGCGCAUUGAGCGUGAGCAGCUGGCGGCCGAAGCCGAGGAUUACGCGCGUGCUCGUGCCCAAACCGAACAGGGCCGGUCAUCGGGCCGCGAUAGCAUCACUGAGCUCCGCCGCACUGUCGAUAGUCUGGCGCGAGACAUCCGCACGCGCGAGAACGAGGUUUUGCGCGUCGAGUCGCAGUACACCAAGGCGCUGGCAGUCGAAACCAAGCUGCGCGAGCAGUUUGAAGUGGCCGACCAACAGCGCAAGUCGCUUCUGCAGAAGCAGGGCCGCAGCAGCCAUUUUGGCAACAAGGCGCAGCGCGACGCCUGGCUUGCUAACGAGAUUGCCCAGCUCGGCGAGUCUAUCCAGCAGCAGCGCGUUCAGUAUGAGGCUGCCGAGAAGGAGCAUGCUGAUUUGCAGGCGCGCCUGGUGAUUAUCUCGCAGUCAAUUGCUGAGACCAGGGCGCGCGCUGAUACUAGUGUACAGCUGUCUGCUGAGAUGCAGGCCCGCGAAAUCCAGCUGAAGGAGGAGAAGGACGCGAAAAUCAGCCAGCGCAAGGGGCUGUGGCGCAAGGAGGCGCGGCUCGAAACCGAAAAUAGCGAUUUGCGCGAGGAGCUCAAGCGCGCAGAGAGGGCCAUUGGCAGCACGGUCGACCGCUCAACCAGCGAAGGUCUACAAGCCCUGUCUGCAAUCCGCGACGAGUUGGGCCUCAGCGGCAUCUAUGGGCCGCUGUUUGAGCUUUUUGAGGUCGACGAGACGUACCGCACGUGCGUCGAGACUAUUGCGGGCGCGAGCCUAUUCCACAUUGUCGUGGACACCGACGAGACCGCAACCAAGGUAUUGAACGAGCUGAAUCGGCAAAAGCUUGGCCGCCUGACAUUCAUGCCCCUCAAUCGGCUGCACCCCAGCCCGGCGACGUACCCCGGGGCCAGCGAUGCCAUCCCGAUGAUCGAGCGUCUGCGCUUUAACCGGCGCUACCAGCGCGCGUUCCAGCAGAUCUUCGGCAAAACCAUCAUCUGCCCGUCGCUGGACGUCGGCGGCAACUACGCGCGCAGCCUCGGGCUCACCGCAGUUACGCUCGAGGGCGACAAGGUUGACCGCCGCGGCGAGCUAAUGGGCGGCUUUGUCAGCCGCAAGGGCUCGCGCCUCGAGGCCGCCAAGGCGCUCGUGCAGGCCCGCGCCCGCGUCCAAGUGGCCGAAGUCCAGGCGAGAGAAACGCUGGCAACGCUGUCUGAGAUCACAGCACUGCACAGCGAGCUCCAGAUGAUCAACGCGCGCGUGUCCCAGGCAUCUAACGAGCGCACGAGCGCCAAGCUGGAGCUCAAGCAGCUGGUCAAGGAGGAGUCCGACGCGCGCAGCUUCAGCGAUAAUGCGAGCAAGGCCCUGGCCGCCCUCCGCGCACAGCACCGCAGCGCUGAGCUUGAGCUGCAGUCAUUGCAGGCUGAGCUCAAAACGCCGUUCACCCGUGGGAUCAGCGCCGAGGAGCGCACUGUGCUCGAGCGCCUGCUGACCGAGGUCGAUGGGCAGGCGGCUGAGCUCAGCAAGCUGUCGUCCACACGUGUUGAGCUCGAGAGCCGCCGCAAUGCAAUCGUUGUGCGCACGCGCGAGCUGGCCAAACUGGCUAAGCUGCAGGAAGACAUUGGCGAGCGGCUCGGCGAUGUGCACCGCGAGAUCGACGACAGAGUGCGCGAGAUUGCGGACCUCGAGAGGCAGAUCGAGGAAACCAAGGGGCGGCUGGACAACGAGACCCGGCGCGCAGAGAAGGAAAUGGAGCAGCUGGAGAAGUGCCUGGCACAGCGCAACCUGUAUCUGCAAAAGAAAAACGAGUACAUGCGCAAUAUCCAGGAUCUCGGCGUGCUCCCCGAGGAGGCGUUCCGAAACUUCAACCGCGCGCAGGUCCCCAAGCUGGCCAAGCGGCUCCACAAAACCAACGAGAAGCUCAAGCGGUUCGGCCAUGUCAACAAGAAGGCCUUUGAGCAGUUCAGCAUAUUUGCGCGGCAGCGUGAGAAUAUUCGGCAGCGCAAGCAGGAGCUUGACCAGUCCUCUGCGUCGAUCACCGAGCUGAUCGAAGUGCUCGACCAGCGCAAGGACGAGGCCAUUGAGCGCACGUUCAAGCAGGUGUCCAAGUACUUUGGCGAGGUCUUUGCCAAGCUUGUUCCGGUAGGAAAGGGCGCUUUGGUCAUGCUGAGGCGCACAGACAAGGAUGCCGACGACCCGAUGGAGGGCGGCGACGUGCUGUCGUCGGUCGAAAACUAUAUUGGCGUUUCCAUUCGGGUGUCCUUCAACAGCAAGACUGACGAGGGCCUGCGCAUGCAGCAGUUGUCUGGCGGCCAAAAGUCGCUGGUCGCGCUGGCGCUCAUUUUUGCGAUCCAGCGCUGCGACCCGGCGCCAUUCUAUCUGUUUGACGAGAUCGACGCCAACCUCGAUGCCAAAUAUCGCGUGGCAGUGGCUACCAUGAUCUACGAGCUUAGCCGCGACUCCCAGUUUGUCACCACGACUUUCCGCCCCGAGAUGCUGGUGCAUGCGGAUAAGUUCUAUGGCGUUACGUUCAACAACAAGGUCUCCAGUAUAUCGACCAUCGACCGGAGCAGAGCAACAGGGUUCAUUGAGAAUAUCCAACCUGCUCAUGUGCACGCGCCCGAGCCUGAGCCCGAGUCUGUGGCUGUGUCCGAGCCCGAGUCCCAACUAGCGUAGCUCUCUUUUUUGAACGCUUGGAUCAUUUGUUUGCACGCUAUUGAGUACCAAUACCAUUUUUUAAAUGUUUAUGCUUAUUUCAAAGAUUGGCUCAUCUUUGGUGGAUCCGCAUUGGCGGGGCAGAUCUUGGAACCCACUGAGAAAUAUUUUUUGGGGGAAGUUAUGCAUGCGGACUGCCAGGCCCACCGCCGCACGUGGCAAGCAAGCAGAUACAGCAUGUUGGGCAUGCGCUUCAUCAUAUCAUAUUCAUCUGCUUUCGCUCCCAACAAGCGCCAAGUUGUACUUGCAAUACAAAUUUAAGCGAUUUUUAUUUCAAUCAUGCACUGUAUGGAGCUUUUGCAUAGAAAAA